AUGAAGGACAGUGAGCAGAUCUCAGAAAUUCUCAUUCACAGUAAAAUGCUUGGAACAGUAACAAACAUUGAACCAUAUGAAAAAGGUGUUCAUGAAUUUUACAACAAUCUGGGAGCAGGAACAUCAACCCCAAGUGAUCCAAUGUACGGAAAGAUCUACCUAAGAGGUAAAUUCUAUGACUUUACACCCUCCCUGAUUAAUGACUACAUGGGCACCUCAAACACAGAAAACUCUACAAGCAUCAAUAGUGAACAAGUUGCCCAAGAACUGACAGCUGGUAAUGUAAGCUUUGAGAAGAACAAAAUCAAAGCAGCCUCACUGACGAGCAAUCUAGCAGAACUACUAUACAAGAUUGGUAAAAGAAUCAAGAUCAACUUUGGAGAGAUUGUGCACAGCCAGAUCAUGAAUUUAGUAGGAAAUGGAACACCCAAAGCUUCUCUAAUAUUCCCCAACUUGAUUUACACACUACUGGUCCAACAAGCACUCAAGCAACAGAAACCCAUAAUUCCAGUCAAAACACUCUCAAUAACAGUCAAACUAAGGAAGGGAACACACCAAAACGACUUGACAACUACCACUCCAAAGGAAGAUCCAACAGAUAAAACCAUCCUCCUAAAAUACUUCCAGAAAAGGCUAAAAGAAAUAGAGAAAGAAGAGAAAAGGAUCACAAGGAGACAUCUAGAACUCAAAGAAGAAAAAACAGAGGUACUACAGUGGCUGCAAGCACUAAAGAAAGACACAGAAGAUAGAAUCAGUCAAGAAGAAAGACAGGAAGAAGAAGAAGAAGAGACUCAAGGAGAAAACUCAGAAGAAGAAAGUCAAGAAGAAGGAGAAGAUGAUCAAGAUGUUGAGAAUCAAGAAGAAAGUCAAGAAUAA